AAAAUGAUUUCGGGCAAGUGGCCGCCGCGGCUGGCUCGAAUAAAUUCCAACCGAGAGGCCCAAUUUUCGACCACUUUUUGCAGCAAUUGGGGCCGUAUGUCAGCAAUAACGCGCCGAAUAUUCUCUUCCAAGACGUCAAUCGUCUCGGGCUUAUCUGCGUAGACAAGCGACUUCACAUAGCCCCACAAGAAAUAGUCCAGCGGUGUUAUAUCACACGAUCUUGGAGGCCACGCCACAGGUCCACGGCGCGAGAUAAUGCGCUCACCAAAAGUUUCCUUCAAUAAAUCGAUUGUUGCGUUGGCUGUAUGGCAUGUAGCGCCGUCUUGUUGGAACCAAAGGUCGUUCACAUCAACAUCGUCCAAUUCAGGCACGAAAAAGUCAUUAAUCAUGGCUCUAUAGCGCUCUCCAUUGACUGUAACAUUAUGGUCGGCUUCAUUUUUAAAGAAAUAUGGACCAAUGAUUCCCUCUGCCCAUAGAGCACACCAAACAGUGACUUUUUGAGGAUGUAACGGCGUCUCAGCAAUGGCUUGUGGAUUAUGUUCACUCCAAAUGCGACAAUUUUGCUUAUUGACAUACCCAUUCAACCAAAAGUGAGCUUCAUCGCUGAACAAAGUUUUCUUGUGAAAAUCGGGAUCGGUGGCCAUCUCGUUUUGGGCCCAAAUUUGCACGAUUUGCAAACGUUGUUCAGGUGUAAGUCUAUUCAUUAUAAAAUGGCAAACCAAACUGAGCAUAAAUCAAGUGGCAGCUGUCAAAAAGACCAUCUACGAAAAAAGUAGUGCCAACUUAAAAACCUAACCUCUAAAAAAAACACCCUUUAUUAACUUUUUCCCCUUUGACUAUGGGGUUUUAAUAAAAGUAGAAAAUUGUAGAAAGUAGCCAUAAAAAAUCAAAUAAUGAAGUCAAAAUCGAUUUAAAAUAAAUUUUAAAUACAAACUGACAACAAUAAGCGGCAAUGACAAACCAAAUACAACGUCAAUGAUUACAACAAUUGCAGACACAAAUGCAAACACAAUAAAUUAAUUUACUAUUUGCACAGCCAAGCACACAUACAUAUAUAGGUAUAACAUACAAGUGCAUACAUUUACAUGUGCAUAUAAAAAAAGCAAGCAAAAAGUUGUUAGCGCAUAACAAACGAAACCGCAAAAGCGGAAAAAGUAAAGAAAGAACUGGGUAGGAAAUGAAGUGAAUUGGAGUGUAAAAAUAGGUAUACAAAUAAAUAAGUAAAUAGAUGAAUGUUUUUCUGCUUUAAAGGGAAUAAUCAAUAAGCACGCUAACAGCAGCAUCAACCAAAAACAUAAAUAAAUAAAACCGAUAAUAAGAAAAAACACCACAGCGAUUGUCAACGAAAAAAAGAGAUAAUGAUUAAAUUAAAAAUGAAUGCGGCGGUUAACAAUACCGCUAGCAGCAACCAGAACAAUAAAAUUAGCAAACAUAAAAAAUGUAACAAUAAUAAAAGGAACACCUUCCACAAUAGUAAUAACAACAACAACAACAAGAAAAAAUAUUACGACAACAGCAAUUCAGAAAGCGACAGUGCAUUGCUGUGUGUAGCGGCGGAACUACAACGAUUGCAAAACAGCGAAGAAAUAAGGCUAAAUAAGCUACCACAAAAACAGCAACUACACGAAUUGGCAGAAUUAGUGCAGCAUGCAGAUAGAGUCAACCACGAGGAAAGCAAUGCGCAUCACCACCAACAAUAUUAUAAGCAUCAUCAACACCACCACCACCACCAUCUGCACUAUCAACAACAGCAGCACCAUCAACUUUUACCCGACCACCAGCAACAAAAUAUGACAGCAAAGCAAUGUACGGUGCAAGUGCAACAGCAAAGCCAACAGCAUAAGCAGCAAUUUCCGAUACACGCGCCUGAGCAAUGGCAGCAACAUUUUAAUCAACAACAGCCACAACAUGAAGGCGGGCAGCAGCCGCUCCAACAACAGCAACACGACAUUCGACGGCUGUGGCGAUGGUCAUCACUAUGUUAUGUUGAUGCAACACGCUGCGUCAUCAGUGAAAGCAGCAAAAACAAUAGCAACAGUACCAGCAACAGCAACAACAACCACUCCACCGGUAGAAGUAAAUUUAAUCCAACGCAAGCAUCUCUGCACUCGUUCACCACUUCAUCAUCGUCAACAUCAUCGCUACUCCCUUCAACGUCGUCUUCGUGUACUUCAUCGUCAACGCGUGGUUGCACAUCGUCACCGACAGUGAUGGCGUCAGUCUCUGCAUCGGCAUCAGCAUCUGCGUCAGCAUCCGCGUCAGUGGUGGCUGCAGCUGCGGCGGGGACACAGCGUGUUACUUGCACAUUUACAACUGCCACAACUGCCUCGCAGCCUGUAACAACAUUAUAUUUGUGGUGGCUAUUUGGUGUAUGUUUAAUUCUGUUCACAAAUGGCGGACGUGAUUGGCGGUCAGCGGCAGUAACGCGUACGACAUUUAUGGUUGAAGCCUCGUAUUUGGAACCGGACGAACUGAUACACGAACUGGAUAGACCAGUACCUUUAACGUCAGUGCAAGGCGUGCUGGGGCGACAGGCGAUGCUGCCUUGUGAUAUAUCACCCAUGGAAAGAGACGAUGCCGUCUAUAUGGUGCUUUGGUUUCGUGAGGGGGACGGUGAGCCGAUUUACAACUUCGACGUGCGUGGCCGCCAAUUUGGACAAGCGCGGCUGUGGUCUUCCCCAUUGGCAUUCGGAACACGCGCCUACUUUAGCAGUACAUCACAUCCCGCUCAACUAAAAAUCGAUAAUGUACGCAUCGAAGAUGAGGGCGUCUAUCGGUGUCGAGUAGAUUUUCGCAAUUCACCAACACGAAAUCUGAAAAUCAAUCUCACUGUUAUCGUGCCACCAGAUCGUCCGGUGAUUUAUGGCCCCAAUAGGCAUGACAAAGCCAGCAAUGUGGAAUCUUUCAAUGAAGGCACGGACAUAGUGUUAGCUUGCGAAGUGACAGGCGGACGUCCACGUCCAAAUGUAACAUGGUAUUUAGAUAAUACGGUGAUUGAUGAAUCUUUCGAGCAUCGCUCAGACGGCAAGACUGUUAACCACUUGUCAUAUCCAAAUAUUGGACGACAACAUUUGAAUGCGAGAUUAGUUUGUGUGGCGAGCAAUACGAAUUUGACGCCACCGAACAACAAAGUGGUCAUACUCGAUGUCAAUUUGAAACCAGUGGCUGUUCACAUAAUGACAAAGGAUCGUCCCAUAUCUGCUGAUCGUACCUACGAUAUCGAAUGCAAGUCUUCCGGUUCAAAGCCACCUGCUGUUAUCACGUGGUGGCGCAACAAUAAGCAAUUGAAGAAGUUUACGAAAAAUUUUAAUGAACCCGACAAUCAAUCUUUGAGUAUAUUGACGUUCACGCCUACACGUGAGGACGAUGGCAAAUAUUUGACUUGUCGCGCCGAAAAUCAAUUCAUCGAGGGCAGCACCAUUGAGGACAAAUGGCGAAUGGUUGUAUACUAUCAACCAACGGCUCAUUUGAAAAUGGGUUCUUCAUUGAAUCCUGACGAUAUCAAAGAGGGCGAUGACGUUUAUUUUGAAUGUGUCAUACAAUCAAAUCCAAAGCCAUACAAAAUGUCGUGGUUUCAUAAUGGCAAGGAACUGCAUUCCAACGUUUCAGCUGGCAUCAUCCUUUCGGAUCAAUCACUCGUGCUGCAGAGUGUCUCACGUGCAUCCGCUGGUGAUUACACGUGUUUGGCUGUGAAUUCGGAGGGGAAGGGCGCCAGUAAUCCGGUUUCGUUGCGUAUACGCUUUGCACCCAUUUGUGCCACCGAUCAUGAAGAGCUACUGGGCGCCCUGAAGCAUGAAACUCUGAUGCUAAAAUGUGAAGUGGAUUCAUCACCGCCAGCGGAGGCAUUUACAUGGACAUUUAACUCGUCCGGCGAGCAAACGGAAUUGCCCGCGCGACUGCACUCAACGGAGACCGGCAUGUCUCGAUUGAACUAUACACCAGCCACUGACCUGGACUAUGGCACAAUAUCCUGCUGGGGACGAAAUUCCAUUGGCAUGCAGAAGACUCCUUGCGUUUUUCAAAUUGUCGCUGCAGGUCGUCCAUUUCCAUUACAAAAUUGCACAGUCUCAAACCAAUCGGCAGACUCUAUACAAGUUGACUGUGUGGAAGGUUUUGAUGGUGGCCUACCUCAAGGUUUCAUACUAGAAUUAGUUGAAUUGAAUAACUUGCGCUUGGCGCGUAAUUUGAGUUUACCGCACCCACCUGUGAACUUUUUUAUUGAAAAUCUCGAUCCCACUGCCACAUAUCGUAUGAUCAUAUUCGCCAUGAAUGCCAAGGGACGUUCGGAGCCAACCAUAAUCGACGACAUAAACUUCAAGGGUGUGGCUAAAUUUACUGGUGCAUCGAAUGGCUUGACUGUGCCACUUUCGCCAUUUUUGGCCGGUUUGACUCUAUUCUGUGCGCUACUCUUUGCCAUUUCCUGCAUUGCUUUGGCGGCCAUAUAUAAACGCUUCUCAAGCAGGCAAAACGACGGUAAUUUAAAACCAACGAAACACACACAACUUUCAAUACCCUCCGAUUGUCAGCUGGAUCCAUUACAACCGAACAACCACCAUCAUCAACAUCUACAGCACAAUCACGAGCAAAAUAAUCACCAGUCACAUCAUAGUCUUCUGCAGACGAAUGGCAGUGAUGGUGUCAAUGCCGGCGGUGGUGGUACAUCACCAUCUGUUGGAGGCGGCAUUGGAAGUGGUGGUGUGGGUGGUUUGAUUGGCAUUGAUACGUCAACAUUGCGGUCAACGGUGGCCGGUCAUCAUCGGCAGAGUCCACUUGUGAUGGGCGAUGCGCUGGAGGGUGAUGACACCGAUCCAGAUGUUAUACCUAAUCAAUAUGAGAAACGUCCACUAAAGUCGCUGGUGGCCUCACCCAUAUUCCGUAGCCCUUCAGCGCGUCUAUUGCAGCGCGACUAUAGCAGUCCUGCGGACACGGAACGUGCUGGCACAUUGAGUAGCGGGAGCGUGAUUGGUGGCAUCACGAAUAGCUCAACGCUGAGCAGCGCCGAUGGCAUCUCCAGUCUGGGCUCAUUAGUUGGAAACAGCAGUGUUGGUAGUGUUGGUGGCAUUGGCGUUGGCAACGAAGUGCUGCACUAUACAUUUAGACCAAGCAAACAAUUGAGUUAUGCUACCUUAAAUAAAAAGGGUAUAACCACGUGUAGUCCACCGCUGAAUAUAUCACUAUAUAAUACAACAACUACAACUUUAUCGUCGCUAUCAUCAACAUAUCAUUCGACGCCACAACCACAGCCAAUGGAAGUUAGUUUACUCAGUCCGAAUAAUCCAUCAGUGACGUCAUCGCUGAGCGAAUAUAGAUUUCGGCCGGAAGUGGUAACAACAUCGAAUCGCAUACAGGAAAGUUGUAUAUAAAUAAAUAAUGCAUAUGCGUACAUACAUAUAAAGAGUAUACGUAAAUACUAAAAUAAAUAAGUACAUGCACACAAUUACUAUAAACUCGUAUGUAUAAAUAAGUAAUAUAUGCAUGUUGUGUGAAUGUGUGCGCUGCAUACAUACAUGAUGAUAUGAUGGAUGAACUAAAAAUAGACUGACGCACAUUAAUAAUUUGUUCAUCAAAGUAAUUUUUUUUUUCUGUUAUUGUGCGUGGCUUAUACAUAUAUACAUGUGAAUUCAAUUUAUAUUUAACAAAAGAUUUGCAAUUUAUUUUGAUUAUUUAUGUUUGUAUUGUGGCUGCUUUUGCAAUAAACCGCCAAUCUAAUUAGCGGCGAAAUGAGUAUUGCUAUUUGAGAAUAAAUAUUUGCCUGGUUUAACUGGUCAGUUUAAGCUUACUCGUACCCUCUUUUUGAAAUACUGAAAUCCAAAUCUGAAAAUCCAUUUACAAUACCAUACACUCAUGUGCAGAGAACCACCAAACUUCAGCUUCGGCUUCAGCUUCUGCCAUGUUCGGCCACAAAAUUUCAGUUCGGCAUCGGUGAAAAGAAACUCGGGCUUUAAUCAAACUUGUCUUUAGAUUUUUUUGCUCAAAAGUUUUAUCGAAUUUUAAUUUUGACAACAAUUUUUUUAAUACCGAUUAUCAAAUAUUUAUAUCUAUCGGCUUCUCUAUCAAGUAAGGCUAGUAAGCAAUUUUUCAGUGCCGCAAAUCAGUUUUAUACUGGUAGGCUGUACAGCCCGAAAGGUAAAAAUUGCGAUACUUCUUUUAAUUAUCAUACAAAAUUAUUGAAAUAUGAGUAUUACAUAAUACCACCUGUCUUUGGCUUUUUUGUAAUUUUUGCAAACAGAUAUAAAGGCUGGUUAAGUUUCAAGAGCCGGUGUCGAUUUUGAAUAAAAUACAAUUUUUUUAGGAAAUUAAUAUCAUUUCUCUUUAUUAUGAUAAUAUUGGUAGGGCUAAAUUACGUAUGGAACAAAAUAUCGGCCGAAUGGCCACCGCGGCCUCGGCAGCACACCUCCAUCCGAUGGUCCAAAUUUUCGAUGACGCUGAGGCAUAAUUGACGUUCUAUGCCGUUAAUGUGCCGAAUUAUCUCAUCCUUUAGCUCUUGAAUUGUUGCUGGCUUAUCGACGUACGCCUUUUCGCCCAAAAGAGCCAUUGUUUCGUUAUCUGUGUGACAAGUGGCACCGUUCUGUUGAAACCACAUAUCGUCCAAAUUCAUAUAUUCCAAUUCGGACCACAAAAAGUUCGUUAUCAUCUCACGAUAGCGAACACUAUUCACAGUAACUGCCUGACUUUCUUCACGAAGUGCGCCAGAUGCAUUUUGAUUUGAACGCCCGUUUUCAUAAUAAGCCUGAAUAACUUUAACGUGUUGCUCGAUUGUCUAUCUUUCCAUGGUUCUAAUUGAAUUAGUCUGGGAUUGAAAAAUGUCAAAUGAAAUGCAGAAAAAAGCUCGACGUUUAGGUGUGGUUCACAUUCAACAUCGGCCCUUGAAAUUCAACCACCCUUUACUAUAUACCAGGUGGCGGCAAAAUUAAUCAUCCAAUCCAAUAAUCAUUUGUUUUUGAAUAACUUUUUUAUUAUAUUUUAUAAAACUAAAUUUUUUGUUGAAUAAUGAAAAUCUUCAUUUUACUCCCUUACUCCAUUGCUUGCCUGUUUGUAUACUACAGCUCUUUAGUUCCCAAGUGUCAGUUAUGAUUGACGUACGUCGCUAUUUGCAAAAAUAAGAAUCUUCCGCUAAGGGGACUAAUUUUGCGCUACCCGUUAUGAUGUGUGCAUAUAUAUUAUGGGCUGACAUUAAUGUGAUUGAAACUCAUCUACCUUCUAUUACUUUUUUAUAAAGAAAAAUACGGGAUUUUUUAAAAUCAUGGUUGUUUAGUACUUGGACCCUUUAAAAUGUUCGAUUCGGUUUCGGUUUGGCCUUAAAAGUCUACUUUCGGUCACUCUCUACUCAUGUGCACGAGUACUCUAUUGCCGCACAAAUUCGAGUAUCCCAUGGUUAAUAGGUGAACGUUAAAUUAGAAACAGUAGCUGAGACAUGUCACCUGCUAAAGUGUGAGGAGUUUCAAAGCAAAUCGAAUUUUACGGAGCAUCUCUAUUUAAUGACCAUACCAACCGCUAGACCUAUACUCGGUAUUUUGCCUUGAUAACAAUGAACAAAGCUAAGAAAUAACAAAAAAGAGGUUUCGAACUUCUCAGGUAUCAUAACCUACCCGUUUU